AUGCUCCGUCACAGCCUGCAAGCAGUGGCAAGAAGCACAACGUCUGCUUCAUGGCGGCCAAUGGCUGUCAGAAGCUUUGCCUCGGCGUCAAAGCCUCCAACCUUUGACUGGGAAGACCCACUCGCGUCUAAGAACCUCCUGACCGAAGAGGAACUCGCAAUUGCAGAGACGGCCGAGAGAUACUGCCAAGAGCGUAUGAUGCCCAGAGUCUUGCAGGCCUACCGUGAUGAGCACUACGACCCCAAGAUCCUUCAAGAAAUGGGUGAGCUGGGUCUGCUCGGUGCCAAUAUCGACGGCUAUGGUUGCGCAGGUGUGUCAUCAGUUGCUGGCGGCAUGAUCACGCGCGCUGUGGAGCGCGUUGAUAGUGGCUAUCGAUCCGGCAUGUCUGUGCAGUCGUCACUCGUUAUGGGGGGGAUCUACGAAUUCGGCACUGAGGAGCAGAAGCAGAGGUUUCUUCCUGACAUGGCCAAGGGCAAGCUGCUCGGUGCGUUUGGUCUCACGGAGCCCAACCACGGCAGUGACCCCGGCAGUAUGGAGAGUAUCGCCAAGCCUCACCCUAGCAAGAAAGGAUACUUCUCCCUCAGUGGAGCCAAGACCUGGAUCACAAAUAGCCCCGUCGCCGACGUCCUUUUGGUAUGGGCAAAGCUUCAGGAGACGGGCAAGAUUCGCGGCUUCUUGGUCGAGAGAAAGGACUGCCCUCAUGGCAGCUUGUCCACCCCCGCCAUCAAGAACAAGAACGGCCUGCGUGCUUCCAUAACUGGUAUGAUCCAGUUGGACGAAUGCCCCGUGUCCGAAGCCAAUAUGUUUCCCGGUGUUGAGGGUCUCGGGGGACCUUUCAGCUGCCUCAACAGCGCCAGAUAUGGUAUUUCUAUGGGUGUCAUGGGUGCCUUGGAAGACUGCAUUGCCCGGGCAAGAGCCUAUGCUCUGGAGCGCAAGCAGUUCAAAGGCAACCCUUUGGCCAAGUACCAGCUCAUCCAGAAGAAGCUGGCGGACGCUGCCACCGACGCCGCCUAUGGCACCCUGGCUGCUAUCCAGGUCGGCCGCCUCAAGGACGAGGGCAAGGCAACGCCCGAGAUGAUCAGCAUGGUCAAGAGACAGAAUUGCGAUGCCGCCCUGCGCAAUGCUAGAAUUCUGCAGGAGGUUUUCGGUGGCAAUGCGGUGAGCGAUGAGUAUCAAAUUGGCCGCCACGUAGCCAACCUAUUUGUUACGCAGACAUAUGAGGGACAGAGCGAUAUUCACAGCCUUAUCUUGGGACGAGCAAUCACUGGUCUUCAGGCAUUUGUUUAA